AUGCUCUUUUCUACAUCUCUAGUCUUGGGGCCAAAAUUCUCCAGAGACCAAGAGCUCAUGGCACAGAUAACCUCCCACGUCCUGGGCAUUGAAGAAAUAUUGGGGGAAUUUGAUAGAUACCCAAGGAUUCUACGUCCUUUUGUAUGGGGAUUCUCCCCAAUAUGUCGAGCAUUCCGCUCCAAUGCUUCGAUACUAAAAGAAAAAAUAAUCCCUGAGAUCCGGAGACGUGUAGCGUUACUCCGAUCAGGCGAAUCAGCAGCUGAUGAUCUAACCAUGUUGACCGUGUUUUUGAAGCAGGCGUUGAAGGACGGUCUUCUUACUCAAGAACAGUCUCCAAGUGAUGAGAAGCAGUUCGAAAGUUUGUACAUGAAGUCUUUGUUCCACAUAUACGAAGUCUGGGGACCCAUUGCGCCGCUCCUAAUCGCUCUCCUAACCAGGAUUAUGGACAGUCCAGAAUAUGUGGAAGAUCUAAGGGAAGAGGUUUCGAAAGCACUAGCUUCUGCCGAUGGAUGGGACUCUGACUUCCUAGCAAACACACCAAAGCUAGAAAGCUUCACUCGAGAGACACUGCGCUUGAACGUUGCAAUUUCUGUCAGCGUGUCUCGAGUGCUCCAUGCGCCGCUUAUGCUCAAAUCUGUGGACAUGGAGCUUCCAAAGGGAUCGUAUAUAGGGUUGCCCACUAAAUUCAUGCAUACCGACCCUGAGCUCUACUCUGAUCCCCUGACCUUUGACAGAUUCCGCUUCUAUGAUCAAGCAUCGAAUACAAGCAUCGCACGGGCAACCACUGCCUCUGAAACAUUCCUCCCGUUUGGAUAUGGAGCUUCACUCUGCCCUGGAAGGUUUAUUGGUGUGAAGGCAGCCCAGGUUGCCUUCUCAAAGUUCCUGCUGGAAUAUGAUGUGAAAUUCCCUAUCGAGGGUCAAAAGUUCCCGCCUAUGGGCCUUCUUGAGAAUACAUGGACCUAUCCCGAGAUGGAUGUCAUGGCGAAAGUCCGGAGACGCCAGUCCAAGUCUCCUUAA